AUGCAAUUGCCCUACCAGUUGGAAUCAUUUUUGUAUAAACAAGCUCCUCGUGCCUGGUUCGCCAAGUUUAGCUCCACCAUUCAUGAUUUUGGAUUCUCCUCCAGUGCCUAUGAUUCUACCCUUUUUAUUCGUAAGACAGAGCGUGGUACCAUUCUUCUUCUUCUCUAUGUGGAUGAUAUGAUCAUCACUGGUGAUGACACAGUGGGUAUCUCUAGUCUCAAGCAAUUUCUCAGUCGCCAGUUUGAGAUGAAGGAUUUGGGUCUUCUCAGCUAUUUUCUCGGCUUGGAAAUCUCUCAUGAUCCAUUUGGUUACUUUCUCUCCCAAGCCAAGUAUACUUCUGAUCUCUUGGCUCGUGCUGGUCUUACCGAUUUCAAGACUGCCUUUACUCCUGUUGAUCUUCAGGCUCGUCUCACACCUCUUGAUGGUCACCUGUUGUUUAAUGCUACUUUAUAUCGUCAACUAGUUGGCAGUCUUGUUUAUCUCAUGGUUACUCGUCCAGACAUUGCUUAUGCUAUUCAUAUUGUUAGUCAGUUCAUGGCUGCUCCUUGCUCUCCGCACUAUGAUGCUCUAGUUCACAUUUUACGAUAUCUCAAAGACACUAUGUUUCAUGGUCUUCACUACUCCGCUUACUCUUUCCUACAGUUACAUGCAUUUUCUGAUGCUGGUUGGGCAGGGGACCCUACUGAUCGUCGUUCUACUACAGGAUUUUUGUUUUGGUUAAUACAACUUCAAGAUGAUGUUAUACUCUCUGAUGCUGAGAGAUUGCGAAUGACUCAAACCAAUGUGAAACUGCUUCAAAGGCACUUUCAAGCUGAUACUCUUCCCUGGACAAAAAGAAUGAGACAGAAAGAGCAAGGUCUUCAAAUGCGCCUCUUAAGGUGGCGAGACUUCAACCCUAAAGCUCCUAGCAAGGUGCAAGGGUUCAAGUCUCUACCUAUGCUUGAUUUCUACCAGAUCCGCCAGGCAGCGUAUACCUUUGUCAUGAGAAUAGUAGAGGCAUUGGAGGGUAAAUGUUGCAGAGUGCCUUUAAUGAAAGGUGAAGCUGAAUUGGCUGAGAAGUUGGUUGCAAUAACUAGGCAGUUGAAAGGAUCUGGAGCAGAGCUUUCUAGGAGGGUCCAAAAUCUGCUUACUAUGGCUCAUGUUCAGGCAAAUGGAGGUGGUGGUGGUGGUGGUUCCAUUUAUCUUCUGGGAUCAACCAAAAUACAUGAUCAGAGUCUUGCUGAUAUGCCGGAGGUUUUACAACAGCAGACAGAAGCCAUUGCGAGGCUAGGUAAUGUGUUAAAGUGGGAUAUCAGGGACACAGAGAUCAUAAUGGCUGAGGAUAAGGAGAUAACAGAAAAUGGGAGUUAA